AUGGAUUCCAUUUCCAUGAGAUACCAAGAAGACCAAACCCCAUCUUCUCUACCUUCCCCCAAGACUCAUCAAAUUCCCUCCCCAAGACCCAUAACAAGAUCCGAACCCGGAAACCCAUACCCAACCACGUUCGUUCAAGCUGACACAACCUCUUUCAAACAAGUAGUCCAAAUGUUAACCGGAUCCUCGGAAACAUCAAAACAAGCUUCUUCCAAACCAAACCACAACAUUCCUCCAAUCAACAACAUACCCAAAAAACAACAACAAUCCGGUUUCAAACUCUACGAACGAAGAAACUCACUUCAUAAAAACCUUAACAUAAACCCUUUAUUACCCAUUUUCUCAUCCAACAACCACAACAACAUCAUCAACAACAACAACAACUCAUGUUUCUCACCUCGUACUAAACAAGAGAUCCUGUCCCCUAGUAUCCUCGAUUUUCCUUCUCUUGUUUUAAGCCCGGUUACACCUCUUAUACCCGACCCGUUUGACCGAUCCGGAUCAAGCAGAAGCUCUUGUUUGAACGCCGAAGCCGAAGAUAAAGCGAUUAAAGAGAAAGGAUUCUUUUUACAUCCUUCACCAGUUUCAACUCCCAGAGAUUCUGAACCUCGUUUGCUUCCUCUUUUUCCUACCACUUCUCCUAGGGCUUCAGGUCCUUAUUCUGCAUCUUGA